AUGAUCUCUUCGAGUUGUUGGGUCCCAAGAGGCUUUGCUGCCGAAUUCCCAGAAAAAUAUGAAUUGGACGAUGCUGAGAUGGAGAGAAUCACUCAGAUGGCCCAAUUAGAGUUAUCAGAUGCCAAAGCUGACUUGGAGGAAGCUCAACAGAAGGAACUCAAGCUGGAGGAGGAUAUUGAUGAUGACUUGAAGGAAUAUAACCUAGAUACUUAUGAUGAUGACGAAGAGGAGGAUGGUGAAACCGUUUCUAUGUUCCCUGGCCUCACCAAGACUGAUGCUUCUUAUAAAGAGAACGAAGAUGGUGACGGCUACCUUUCCUUGCCAAGUGCCGCUGAUGAAAAGCAGGAAAAACUGGAAUUGCAAGUUUACCCUACCGAUAACUUGGUCUUGGCUACAAGAACUGAAGAUGAUGUCUCAUACCUUGAUGUCUAUGUUUACGACGAUGGUGCUGGUGCACCAGAGGGCAGUGCCCUUGAACAGGGUGAUGAAUUGGAUGAGGAUGUCGCCCAGGGUAUGACCAGAGAAUCUAACUUGUACGUGCACCACGACUUGAUGUUGCCAGCUUUCCCACUUUGUGUUGAAUGGGUUAACUUCCGUCCUGGUACCAACGCAGACGACAAUGACUCUAACAUUGGUAAUUUCGCAGCAAUUGGUACCUUCGAUCCUCAAAUUGAAGUUUGGAACUUGGACUGUGUUGACAAAGCAUUCCCAGAUAUGAUCUUGGGUGAACCACAACAGAACUCUUUCCAGUCUUUGCUGAAAAAGAAGAAGAAGAAGAGCAAGGGUAAAUUCGUCAACACCCAUCACACCGACGCCGUCUUGUCGUUGGCACACAACAGAACUCACAGAACAGCAUUGGCAUCUACAUCUGCCGACAAGACAGUCAAGCUUUGGGAUCUUUCACAGGGUAUCGCUGUCAGAUCGCUUAAUAACGUCCACCAAGGCAAGACAGUCUCGCUGAGUUCGUGGCACUCACAAGAAGCCUCCAUUUUGUUGACUGGUGGUUACAACGGCGCUGGUGCUAUUUCUGAUGUCAGAGUCUCUGACGACAGCCAGAUGACAAAGUCCUACUUUGUUGGAAGCGGACAGGAAGUGGAGAGUGUUCAAUGGGGCGCUCAGCCAGAGAUCUUCUACACUGGUACUGAUGCAGGUAACGUCUACUGUUUCGAUAUCAGAGUGCAAGACAAGCCAAUCUGGACAUUGCAUGCUCAUGAUACUGGCAUUUCAUCUUUGGAUGUCAGCAGCCACAUUCCAGGUAUGUUGGUGACUUCAGCCAUGAGUGAAAAGGUGGUGAAGUUGUGGAAGGCUCCAACCGAGGCCAACAAGGGUCCAUCCAUGGUCUUGUCCAGAGACUUUGGUGUGGGUAACAUCUUGACCUCCUCUUUUGCUGGCGACAUUGAAGUUGCUGGUAACUUGACUGUGGGUGGUGCCUCUGGUCCAUUGAAGAUGUGGGACUGUCUUUCUAACAAGGCUGUUAGAAACUCUUUCAGAGACGAAUUGAAGGAGCUCCAAAAGAGAGCCAGAGAGGAUGCCGUGCAGCGUGGCCGUGCAUCCAGAAUCGCCAGAAAAUACCAGGGAGACGCCAAGGAGACGUUGAUGACAGCUGAGGCUGCUGGAUUCAGCGACGAGUCCGACUCAGACGACGACGCAGGCAUGGAGGAGUAA